UUUUAUUAUCCACUUGAGUCCACGAAUUUUGUAUAACUACAGGCAUAGGGAAUGGAUUCAUAUUUUCAUUUUUGAAUCUACCAGAACCCACAUUAUUGAUUUCCACGAGCACCUUUUGGUCUCGGAAUCGGACGUUAUGUCUGCCAGUUGCAAAGAAUAACUUUAAAGUUUUGCAAAAGUCACGGUGGAAGUAGAGGAAUGAGGAACUUUAUAGAGCAUGAUCUAGUCAAUUAUGCGAAAGAAAAUCCAGGAAUAGUGGUAUAUAUUAAACCAAGAAGACACAGGCAUCCGGUUAUAGUUGCCGAAUAUUUGAAUGGCGAUAGACAAUGGAUGGAAGUUGCAAAUUAUAGUCGAGAUGAUAUUAUAAAAUGGAUGGAACUGUUACGAACGCAGUUUCAUGAUGGUCCUUCAUUGAGAUUACGUAAACUUUGGCAUACAGAAUUUCCAUCAAUUCAAGGACCUUGGACACCAUUUAUUUUUAGAAAUCCCAUGUUAAACUUGGCACAAUUUCCUAAUGUAAUUGUUUUAUUUGAAACAAUAUUUUUUAUUUUUGAUAUGGGUAGUGUGUGUGUGUGUUUUCUCGUAGAUCUAAAUGUACAAACCAAUCAUAUUGAAGAUCUUACAAUAGUGUAA